AUGAAUCCUUACAAAAGAGCUGAAAUUAUAGCAUCUCAUCCAGUUGCUACUGCCAAAUUUUUUCAUUUAUUGAUUACCAAUAUUUUAAAUACUAUGAUUAUUGGUGGUGUUCUUGGACCAAUAAAGGCUUAUUUUGGUACUGUUGAAAGUCAAGGACGAGGUUCACUUCAUUUGCAUCUUCUUAUUUGGCUUGAUCAUGAUAUGAAACCAGCUGAUAUGAAACAAAAGAUUCAAAAUGCUGAUUUUCGUGAAAAGUUGAAAGCAUAUUUAGAAGACAUCAUCAAAGAAGACUUAGAUGAAUUCAAGGACAAACAACUCUUCGAAAAUUUAAACGUGCCAAGAUCAUUCGAUACUCCUCCACGAUUAUCACAAGGUAAUAUCUAUGCGGCUUUACGUACUAUUGAUUUAACAGGUCUAGCCGAAAAUAUAAAUAAAUCUCCUGUUUGGUC